AUCACGAUGGACUACGUGACAGGAUUGCCGGCCGCAAACUGCCCAACUGUUCAUCGCCAACGUCAUUCGACUGCACGGACUGCCUACCGCAAUUAUUUCAGACCGAGACGCAAAAUUCACAUCGAAUUUCUGGCGCCACCUGUGGGACCAAUUCGGCACCAAACUAUAGUUUCCUCCGCCUACCACCCACAAACUGACGGGCAGACCGAACGAGUCAACCAAACAAUGGAGCAACUCAUUCGGACCACCUGCACUGACCCACAGACAUGGGAGAAAUCCCUUCCGAUGCUAGAAUUCGCGUAUAAUAACGUGCCCUCCGCCACAACCCAUCAAUCCCCAUUUUUCCUAAAUUAUGGACAGGACCCAGUGGAGGGGGGGUAGUGUAAGGAAUUUCCAUUCAUUACUGA